UGAGAUUGUUAUCAAAAGUUGAAUUAAGUGUAAACUAUCUACAGCGUUCGUGAAUUUUCCCUUUCUUCCUUUUAUUGAACAAAUUGGCACUUUUUCAGAUGGUCAACGAGAUAUCGUUAAAAAUCAUAUGGAGCAAAGCAAAGUCAACUCAAAGUGUCUUUCAAACAGUGAAGGAAGUCUUCAAUACAACAUUGAGAACAUGAUUCUAUCCAUUGUGAAUAAUAAACAGUUCAACGAAGUGGCCAAAGAAUUUCGACAUGAAAUUAUUGUCGCUAUGGAGAAUUUAUUGAUGAGUAAAUGGCAAUCACUAAACACCGCAACUUCUUCUGUAUAUAAAAAUUUCUGUGACAAAGUAACCUUGGUUGAUAAUGAAAAAUAUCUGCCAGCAUUUACACUUUCUGAAACAAAGUUCUCAUUGACAUGGGAUAGCAAGAGUUCAAUAACUCAGCUUUUGGAAAAUAAUCCUGUGACGCCAAGAGAAAAGCUUGAACUUUAUCCUCCAGCUGAUGGAAUUUCACGGGUUGAUGUAGAAAUCAGAAAAGAACAAUAUAAGGGUACCACAGGACGACUUAUGGGAACGGUGCCUCAAAUUCCGCCACCAUCGUCUAUUCAGAAGAAUUUGCACUGGACUAAAGAAAAAUAUACUUCAGAGGAAAACGUAAUUGAUGAUUUCCGUGAACAAAUUAUCCAUUCCAUAAACUCUAAUCCAAUAACAAUAAUAUCAGGACCUCCUGGAAUUGGAAAAACUACUUAUUUGCCUCAGAUUUUAGUAGAUGAGUGCUACAUGCAAGGUCAUCGUUGUCGUAUAAUAUGCUCCCAACCAUAUCGUCUGUAUGCCCAUAUAAAUGCUGAUCGUUUGGCACAAAUACGAGGAGAAACAACUGGUCAAACAGUCGGGUAUCAAAUUCGACUGGAGUCUAAGGUUUCUCCUAAAACUUUGUUGACGUUUUGUACACAUGGAGUAUUAUUGAGGACAAUAUGUGCAGAUUCAAGAAUUAUGGCUGGUACCACACAUAUCAUAGUGGAUGAGAUAGAAGAUGACGAAAUAUUAGAAAACUUACAUUUAACAAAAUUGCAAAACACUGAAGCUAAACUAAUGAUGACUACAGACAGUAAUGGUGAUACAGAUAAAUCAUGGUGUGCUGAUAAUCCAGAUGUAGGCUAUGGGAUUUUAUUGGCAGUUAUACCUUCUCUUUUAACUCAGUAUCAACAUUUAAAAGUGAUUCUCAUUAUUAACUCUCGUAUAUCUACGUACGAGUUUUGCCACGAAAACAUACUUAAUGAGAUGAAGAAUUCAAUGAAUUCAGUAAACGCUCCAAGCUCUGUUCCGAUGACCUACUGUGAAGUUCAUAAUAAUGCCGCACAAUACAAAUAUGAGAUUUCAUCUAUAGAUUUUAAAGGUCAAAUACAACAACCAAAGUUCAAUUUAAUAAAUAAUGGCUUCGACGAACUCAGUUCAGUUUCAUCACAUUCAACAGAUAAUAAUCUUUCUUCUGCUUUUACAGCGAAGGUUACACCACCGAUCGCAAAUAUACAGAAUAAUAUAUCAUCUGAAAAUGUAAUCUAUAAACCAUUACAGGGUUUUAGUAAAUACUAUAAUGGAGCGCCAAUAAUUAGUAUACCGUACCGUGCAAAGCAAGUAAGAGUUUAUUAUCUAGAAGAUAUUUUAGAAUGGACUAGUUAUUCAACGUCACGAAUGAAUGAAGCAUCAGUGUGUAUGAGCCAAGAUGAUGUACGAUGUCGUAAUAUGUACUUUUGGCUUACAACUAAAGAAUCUGAUAAAUAUAUUUCAUGUGAGUAUCACAUUUAUACAACUGACGGCGGAAACAAAGUCAAUAUGGUUAAAGAUAAAACAUUCAACACAUCCGUAUCUAAUGCCGUACCAAAGAAACCUCCAGUGUUUCCUGAAGGUCAAGCUGUACCACAUUUGAAAUCUGAUCAAAUAUUAAAUCAAACAGACGACUGUUCAGAGGUUUGUUCAACAGUUUUUGCAAAGAAGCACGCGAAUAACUUACUAUGGAGUAUUUGGCUUCGUACAGUUAUUGAUCCCAAUAGAAACAAAUUAAAUAAACAUCAUAUGAAGGAAACUGAUGAAAUGGAAGUCACUGAAGGGAAAAAUUCAUGUCUGACAAAUUUACUUCAGUGUAUUUUAACUGGCUUGAUUUCUGUUGAUUAUGAACACUCGGAUUCUGGACUGACUCCAAUUAUGGUGUGUUCUGCUGGUGGUCUCCUAGAAGCUGUCAAAUGUUUAUUGCGUCAUGGAGCUGAUCCAUUUAUGCGUGUAGCUAUUCCGUACGAACCUUUAAUUGAACUAGCUCGCAAACAAUGUAAAGAUUUUAAACUUUUUGGUCCAAAGAAUCGAAAAAUCUCGACCACAGAUGAAAACUACACCAUCGUAGGCGUUACAGCUUAUGAUUUAGCCUGUAUAUUCGAUAACAACGAAAUUGCAAACUUACUGAAAACAUAUAUGAUUAAUUCAAGUCUUCGACACGAGCCUGAAAACUGGGAGGCUAUACUUCUAAGAUUUGGAUCUUGGUUUCAAAGUCCGAUAGGCAGAUCACAAUUUGAUAAUUGUACUUUAAAAGAUCAUCAACCAUUUACAACUGAUUUAGGUAGUUUGGAAGAAACAAAAGUAUUAAUGAAUUCCCUGAAUUUCCGUUACAAAUUACUUUUAUCCUAUCAACUAGCUAGAAAUAAUAUGGAGCCAGAAACGAUAGUGGAUCAUGAUCUUCUAACGGCAUUAAUUGUGAAAAUCGACAGUUCGUUACCAAGAGGUGCUAUAUUAAUAUUCCUGCCAUCAUAUGAAGAGAUUAUGACGCUACGAGGACGAUUACUGGAUCCUGACACUUCUCCAUGGAAAUCACCGGAAAAGCCUUUAAUAUUUAUUCUUCACCCUCGAAUGCUUGUUGCUGAUUUGAAAACUAUAUAUGCUCAGUCUUCACGUUCACACCGUAAAUUAAUACUUUCGUCAAGUAUCGCAGAGUCAUCCAUGACGUUUGAUGAUGUCGUUUAUAUUAUUGACUGUGGAUUGAACUAUGGGGAGGAGUUCCUUGAUUGGACUCAGACCACAUCAUUAAGAAACCAAUGGAUUUCAAAGUCAAACGCAAUUCAAAGAAAGUCCAGAAUUGGAAAAAACAUAAACGGAAUAUGUUUUCGUUUGUACAGUAGCUUACGCUACAGUUUUCUUCCUGAAGAAAGACGUGGAAGUCUAAGUGGACAUGUUAUUGAAGAGAUGUGUAUUCAAGCCCGACUGCUUGCACCAUCAAACAUUACCUUACAAACAGUACUGAGUGCAUUGCCGAAACCGCCUUCACCAAAAUCUUGUGAACACGCUAUUGAAACUCUAAAAGAAAUGGAUGUAUUGGACACUUUUGAAGAAUUAACUGAAUUGGGUUAUCAUAUUUGUGACAUGCCUAUACCACCUCGUUAUGCUAAAAUGGUUCUAUUCAGCGUUGUAUUAAAAUGUCUUGAUCCAAUUCUUACAAUUGCAUGCAUACUGACGUACACGGAGCCAUUUAUACUACCUAGAAAUGCAGCUGAACGAAAAGAUUUAAUGAAUAUUCGAAGAAGUUUAUCAUCAAACAGUUAUAGUGACCAUAUGGUGUUAUUAAGAGCUUUCCAGUUUUGGCAAAAGUCUCGCUCAGAAGGAUGGGAGAAGGCGUUUUGUCAAAAACAUUUUAUAUCUUCUGCAACUUUUGAAGUUAUUAUCGCUAUUCGAACUCAACUACUUGGGCAACUUAGAGCUUCUGGCUUCGUAAAAACGAAAGGAAGUGGAGAUAUUCGAGACCUUAACAGCAAUUCCGAAAACUGGGCUGUUGUCAAAGCUGCAAUUGUAGCUGGUAUGUAUGGAAAUUUAGCUCAAGUAGAUAGGAACAAUUCGUGUUUGAGAAUAGUAAAUGGAAAUUCAAUGCCAGUCGUGCUUGAUACCCAAUCUGUAGUCGCUACAAAUGCUAAUGGGGCAGAAAUGAAUGUAAACGAUUUACCUUGUGACUGGCUUGUUUUUAAUGAAGUGCUUACUUUAACUGAUCCAAAGUUACACACCUCUCCGGAAUCUAACAAUACAGAUCAUUUGGCAUUAAAGAAACUAAAGAUCAUAAGAUGUGUAAGUAUCGUUUCACCAAUUACUGUAGCGCUAAUGGGCAGAUCGAUCAGAGUAUGUCCACAGAUAGAAAAAGAAACCCAUUCAAUUGCAAAUGUGAUCCCAGACCUAAAUCUUAAAGCAUCUUUGAAAGAAUUGCUAAGGCAGGAGUGCAAAAACUCAGUUCACGAACAGGAAGUCUGUAGUUGUUUAAGUAACAAAAAUGAAUAUAAUGCCGGCAAGGCUUAUGUGAAUCCAGGAGACAGAUUGGAAAAUGAUUUAAACUCUAAUUCUGUUUCAGAAAAUAAUAUGACUGCCACAUCGAUUUUGGAAAACAACGGACAAUUAUUAUCGCCAUACAUCCAGCAAAAUAUACAUAAAACGCUACCUACAAUGAUGCAACAAAAAACAAUCAAGCAAAAUCCAUACAGUAUGUUGUCUGACUCGGAUACGACAAGAAGUUCCAGUUUUAAAAUCUCGGAACUAAAUGAUUCUGCUCUAAAAAUGUUAAAAUAUUUUAAUUCUAUGCAAAUCUCAGACUGUUUCGAUCAUGCGAAAUCACUAUUUUUGCAAAACCAGACUAAACUUAGUCAGCCGUCAGUAGAACAACCAAAUAUGGAGUCUUCAUCAUCAACAAACGUCCAGAAAAAUAGUAUCGUAUCGUUUCAUUUAGACCCACAUAAAUUUUUUCGAUUCACCGUGAAUUCAAGUGAAGCAUUAAUGGUGACAGAACUAAGACAAAAAUGGCAUGCUUUGUUGUUGCGCUGUUUGAAAAAUCCAGGGAAACAUUGUUCACAACAAGAUGAGGUAACAUAAAAUUGUUUGAUACUAAUUACUUGAUUAUCAGUAUACAUGUUUGUGGAGAUUUCCAAGUACUAUUGAUAUCAUUGACCGACCUAAGUUAGACAUCCAGUUAGAACUAUGAAGGAGUGGAUAGAUGUUUCGUCCUAAUAUGAUAAUCCUCUGUAGUGUGUCCACAACCCUACUGUGGAUCGAACUCAGGACCUUCUGUCUCGCAUGCAAACACUUGGCUAGUGAGCGGGAAUCCUAUGGUGUACUUAACCUCAACCAACUCACGCUGUUUGUAAUCACUGAUCAAUUAUGUGAAAUACAACCGACAGACUACUUUCUCGUACAAAGUAUUGAAGAUGAUCCUACAGUAAUCUUCACUCAACUGUUAAACAUUAUUAAUAUUUUUUAUUCUUGUCCCGUGCUUCUUAUCUACUUAUUGUCUGUAAAGUAAUCAACAACCUACUACAGUUUCCAAUCACGAUGGCUAUCGAAUCAAUUCAGUUUUUCGUCUCAUAUCCUUGCUUGUCAUGUUUAGGUCAGCCAGUAGAAGACUAUUUCGAAAAAUACUUUGAAGUUACAGGGAUUGGAUCAUAAUUUUCUUGCUCAGACUAUUUCUUCUCUAAAUGGCUGCAUUAGUUUAACCUUGUUGGUUUCCACAGAAUUACAUGGUUUAGGUUUUGUUUUAUCGACUCAUAGUGUGAUUGACAUAUGAAGACAAACAAUCUUACUUAUCAGUUAUUACAUUUAUUGAGAUUAUUUUAUUGUGGUUUAUACUGUUGACUUGCAUUAACGUGUUUACAGAAAUUCUAUGAAUCUAUUUAUUUUUAUGAGCUCACAUUAGUUACAGAUCUAAAAAUUUUUUUAAAAAGAAUAUCGUGUCAUGUAUUUAAGUAAAGUGGUUAGCUGAAACGCUUCAAAAAAUUUGUAGUCUUUAGAUCUAUUGGGAGAUUACUAAGUUAAAGAGAUGUUUGCUACACAGUCUCAUGCUGAGUGCUGAUUAUUAUCUAGUCUGAAUUUAGAAAUUUCGUCAUCAAGAAGGGAAAAAGUUGCUGGGAAGGAAAUCGUCUUGGAUUUGGUCUACAAAACUCACAAACCAUAAACGAGACAGUAUAUUAAGAACAUGAGUUCUCAAAAAAUAUCUCUGAAGUUAUAAGUAGCUCAGUUGAUGCUAAACAUUUUGUGUUAUUAUAUUUAUAAAUUAUUACUUUGUCUAACAUAGGCAGUUUUAAAGUGUUUGAUCAACGUUUUGACCAAUGAAGAAAAAGCAUUAGGAUUACUCCAACCAUUCGGUGUUGGGGCACGUCCUCGUCCUAUGGCAGUAGAACUUUAUAAUCGGGUUGAUGACGCUCAAAAUAUCGAUCCUAAAGGUAUGAAAGCAAUUAGUGAACAACCUGUGAGUAAUAGAUAUGGAUCAAUUGUUUGUACCACAGCAGGAACUAACACCAUUAUGCCUAUAUUUUUGUCAAAUACGAGCUUGGUAAAACAAAAUAAUUCCAUGUAUAAUUACUUUUCAAUCACAAAUCCAAAACUAACAGAAGUGUUAAGUACCAAUGAUCUCAACAAACCCCACGAACAGUAUUCGUUUCAAGUUUACAAAGGCGAUAACAAUACAAGUAUGUACAAUCCGAUCAAGCAAAUAAACAUUUCAAGUACAGAAAUAUGGAAAUAUCCUCUCCCUUCAAAUACGACAGGCAACAUUGAUUCUAUGUCAGUCUACGAACCGUAUAAAGUUAGUUAGCUCCGAGACGUUUGUAAUCCAGCCGUCAAAGUCCGGUUACCGUUUUUUUGAUUGUUUUUUAUAAUGUUCAAGACAUUUCGUAACACGCUUAUUUAUUAACAAAAGUGAUGUAGGAUGGUAGUCUAAUGUUUAAAACACUCAGUUCACAGCUACGAAAUCGUCGGACCGAACUCCACUCUACCUACUUCUAUUCGGAUAAACAUCACUAGUCCUCACACAAACUGUGUGAUACUAAGGCAAUUAAAUAAACUUAUACCUGGUGAAUGAAUUAUAUUAAUAUUAAAAAAUUAUAUUAUUUUAUCAAAGGCAAACGAAUAGAAGUUCCUACACGUUUGAGCCACUAAAAAAUUAAAUAAUUAGAUAUUCAUACGAUAAAUAGCUAAAAAAAUAUGCAGUGCAUUUAUAUGGUAUAAUAGUAGAGGUGGAAAUGAGAUAUACUCAAAAUGUUACUGCUUUGUAUACUAAAAACGAAAUCUGGAACAAUUUGAGAGUAUUUUAAUGAAGGAGAACACAGUUGAGGACAACCAAUUAGCACAAAAUUACAGUCACUAGAUAAAACAGAAAAACCAUACUCCAAUACUUCACUUGCAAAAUGUUCAUUAACUGUAUCAGACUUCAUUGUGCCUACAUUUCUAUAACAAUUGUUUUCUAUUCCCAUUCUUUCCUCCUCGAUCUUCUCAACCAUCUGCUGCCAGACAUUCUAUCCCUGAUUAGCGUUAUAUAAUACUUAUAUCGACAUAAGUAGAACACGCCACACUAUGACUGGUAUACUUCAUUGAGAAUUCCCUCUCAGAUGACAUACGUUAGGUUAUUUGAUAACUGUACGGACAACUUUCACCACAUACAAUGUUAUUAAAUAUUUGUAGCUGUAAACAACUUUCCGAGAUGCCAUGAAAUGUUGUAUUCAGAACAUAUUUUUUUCAGAAUUAUCAGAGCUGCUCGAGUCAUCUACCAGCAAUGUACAUAAUGAGUAACCUUAUCUAAUUAAUUUGAAAUAUCUCAUUAUAAAAAAGUGACAGAAAAGGGAGUAUAGAUGCAAAUUCUCUGAUAGAGUGAGAGAUAACUCUCCAUUCUAAUCCAACGCUGCCGUUUAUAGUCAUUUAGUAAACAAUCAUCGUGUUAAAACAAAGGAUUACGUUAAUAUGCAUAGUGAGUUGUACACUUUUAUCUAAUUUUAGCUUAACUAUUCACUUCCUUUCUUUUUUUAGGUUUCUGAAUAUAAUAAUCAUUUUUAUAAUAUCUGGAUACCAUUCAAAAGAUUAGCUACAUCAUCCUAUUCACUACUAGUUAAUUUCGCUUUAUAAGCAAUUACAUGAUUUAAAAUAAAAAUGAACCUCAACGAUUUCACUUUCUUUCUAUUUCAGGAUAUUUCAUUAUCAGAAGGCAAGAACACUCCAACAAUUAGUCAUAUGACUAAAGGUUUUUCAGAAAAGCAUAUUAACAUUCAAAACUUUAAACCUGAUUCGUUACCUAAUUUAAAACAGUUGGAUAUAGUGGAAAAUAAAAAACACCAAAGCAGUGAACACGAAAUUCUAGGAAGUAAAACACGCCAUUAUUCGACCACAUCAGAAGAUAAAAACAGUUUAGAUACUCUGUACGGUCCUCAUGCUCUAAACACUGUGACUAAUCCUUUUGAUGUUACCUAUCCAACUGCUAAUCAUAAUAAUAUAACAAUGGAAAAUGAUAUUGCUUUUCGUGACAUAAAUGAUAUAAUCUAUGCAUUAUUAAAUGAUGACACAAAUAAAAAUCAUAACUGAGUUUACUUCAUUAUUCGACAGUGUGGUUCAAGCAAGAUAAUAUACUAGUUCAUCAUUUGUUAUUGACUACGUUCAUCUGCACAACUUUGAUUUGUUUAUAUUUUAACUUGUUGAAGUGUAUUUUUGGUUGCUUUUUGUCAUUUGUCCAGUUGCACUUUUAACCUUA